AUGGUGCCAGUCAGAGCCCUAUCCUGCCCCCUGUUGCUGUUCCUGCUGCUGGGGCUGUGGGUGGCCAAGAUCCCAAUCAAUGUCAAGCCCACGAACACUACCUCAGCCCAGUGGUUUGAAAUUCAGCAUGUGCAGCCUAGCCCUCAAGCAUGCAACUCAGCCAUGGGCAAAAUCAACAAGGACAAGAAAAAUUGCAAAAACCUCAACACCUUCCUGCAUGAAUCCUUUUCCAGCGUGGCCACCACCUGCCAGACCCCCAGUAUAGCCUGCAAGAACGGUCGUAAAAACUGCCACAAGAGCCAAGAGCCCAUGUCCCUGACCCAGUGUGAGUAUACCUCAGGGAGGUACCCCGACUGCAAAUACAAAGGGAAACAACUGGAUGCAUUCUUCAUUGUGGCCUGUGAACCUCCACAAGAGGGUGACAAGAAGUAUUCCCUUGUUCCUGUGCACUUGGAUGAUGUUGUCUAA